CGUCUGCAGGGCUACAACGAUGUGAGCUUCCAUGGCUCGAACCAGAUUCUGACGCCGAAUAUAGAUGCCCUGGCCUACAAUGGUGUCCUGCUGAAUCGACACUAUGUGCCCAAUCUGUGUACGCCCUCCAGAGCCACUCUGCUGACCGGAAAGUAUCCCAUCCACACAGGAAUGCAGCACUUUGUGAUCGUCACCGACGAGCCCUGGGGUCUGCCCAGACAGGAGCGUCUCAUGCCGGAGCUCUUUCGCGAUGCCGGCUAUGCCACACACCUGGUGGGCAAGUGGCAUCUGGGCUUCUGGCGGAAGGACUUGACGCCGACGAUGCGCGGAUUUGACCACCACUUUGGGUACUACAAUGGCUAUACGGACUACUAUGAUCACAACGUGCGGAUGCUGGACAGGAACUACUCGACGGGCCUGGACUUCAGGCGGGACCUGGAGCCCUGCCCCGAGGCAGAGGGCACGUACGCCACGGAGGCCUUUACGACAGAGGCCAGGCAGAUAAUCGAGCGGCACGAUAAGAGUCGUCCGCUCUUCAUGGUGCUCAGCCACCUGGCAGUGCACACGGGCAACGAGGACAAUCCCAUGCAGGCGCCCGAGGAGGAGGUGGCCAAGUUUGCGCACAUUCGGGAUCCAAAGCGUCGCACCUAUGCGGGCAUGAUUUCGAGUCUGGACAAGAGCGUUGUGCAGACGAUGCGGGCCCUGGCGGACAAUGGGAUGCUGAACAACAGCAUCGUUCUGCUGUACUCGGACAAUGGGGCGCCCACUGUGGGCAUUCACUCCAAUGCCGGCUCCAACUAUCCCUUCCGUGGUCAAAAGGAAUCUCCCUGGGAGGGUGGCAUUCGAUCGGCUAGUGCCCUCUGGAGUCCGCUGCUACAGCAGCGUGGCUACGUGUCCAACCAGACGAUCCACGCCAUCGACUGGCUACCUACCCUGGCGGCAGCCGCCGGAGUGGAGCUGCCAUCGGACCUCACGCUGGACGGACUCAACUUGUGGCCAUCGCUAAGCGGUGGCGCAGAGCCUCAGCCCCGGAAGCUGUUGCAUGUGCUGGACGACGUCUUUGGCUACUCUUCGUACAUGCGAGACACGCUCAAAUAUGUGAACGGCAGCAGCUUCGACGGGCGGUACGACCACUGGCUGGGAGAGCUGGAGGACGGCGAGGAGGAUCCGUUUAGUGCGGACUACGGACAGCUGGUGCGUGAUUCGGAGGUGCAGGCUGUACUGGGCAAUGGAGGUCCGACUGAUGACCGCAUCCGGCAGAUGCGAAACGAGGCCACCCAGCGGUGCCCCAUCCAGGAGAAGGAUCCCGAGGAUCCCAUCUACCUGUGCGAACCCCUCAAGGCUGCCUGCCUCUUCGACCUGGCCAAUGACCCGUGUGAGCGCUACAAUCUGGCCCAACUGUAUCCUCUCCAGCUGCAGUUGCUCGCCCAGGAGGUGGAAGAGCUCCGUCUGACGGCAUUGCCCAGCGCCAGAGUUCCCCGAGCGGAUGAUCGCGCCGAUCCGGCGCUCCAUGGCGGCCACUGGGAAUGGUGGAACAACACGUCGACUGACUCCAGUAGCUCCGGCACCUUGCCUUCGUUGCCGUGGCUCUGUGUCUGUCUCUUCCAUUUGUACGGUCUUGUGAACAUAGUUUAUAGUUUUAGUUAAAUUAUUGUUGAACUUGUUUAGUGUUUUUUAUACUUAGUGCAAAUCAAAAAUUGAGUUUUUUUGCAAUUGAUUAAAAGAAAUUUAGUUAUUUCGUAAGUGCGAAUAUAUUUGAUUUAAUUAUGAUUUUCAAUACCUUGAGUUUCCCAUCUGGAUCUCUCUGGUCUAGCUUGAAUGUCCUUCGUCUAGUAUGUAGCCAUGAUUUAUUGAUCUACAUAUUCCUUUUCACAACGAUUAGAUAAGCAGAGAUUAUUUAACUGUAAAGUGGAAUAAUAUUUUAAAAAUAAAGCAUAUUUUUGGUGUGCCUAAAA